CUGCAACCAAUUAACUUUGUGUCAUGGAUGGACAAUGCCUGUCAGAACAGAUGUCAGUGUAUGGAUGAUGGGACAUUGCAGUGCUGGUCUCAGCCCUGCUCCUUCAAUGAGAUCUGCCAGUCAUCUGGUCAAUAUUAUACCUGCCAGUAUAUGCCAAUCAGCACCUGUACAGUAUCUGGGGACCCACACUAUUACACAUUUGAUGGUCGUCUGUUCCAUUUCCAAGGCACAUGCACCUAUGUUCUGUCUCAGCUCUGCAACAAUGGAACAAGCUUGAUGUAUUACCGAGUCGAAGCCAAAAAUGAAAACAGAGGCAACUCUCUUGUUGCAUGGACAAGACUUGUGAGAGUCAUUGCCUAUAACAAGAAAUUCGAACUAAUAAAAGAGUAUCCUGGACAGGCAAUGGUAAAUGAUCAUUUAGUAGCUGUUCCCAUCUCUUUGCUCAAUGGGAAGAUCAGAGUUUAUCAGACUGGGUUUUCCUUGGCCAUCACCACGGAUUUUGGACUUACUGUCACCUAUGACCUGUACAGUUAUGUCACUGUGAAUGUCCCUAACAGUUACAACAAUGCUACAUGUGGACUGUGUGGCACCCUCAAUUCCAACCAGGCAGAUGAUUUCUUGACCUCGGAGGGAUUAGUUGUGAGUUCAGAUAUUGAGUUUGGCAACAGCUGGAAAGUAGCAGACAAUGACUCCAGCUGCCACGGUCCUUGCACUGGCAGGGGCUGCUUGGUGUGCCAGCCAUAUCAAGAAGCCCAGUUUUCCAGCAGUAGCAGCUGUGGGCUAAUGCGUGAUGUUCAAGGACCUUUCAAUGCCUGCAUUCCACUGCUUCCCCCAGAGAAUUUUAUUGAGAGUUGUGUUUAUGACUUGUGUAUUACAAGUGGUUACCAGAUGGUGUUGUGCCAGGCAUUACAUGGGUAUUCAGCACAAUGCCAGAGAAUGGGAGGCCAGCCUGGGCAAUGGAGAAGACCAGGCUUUUGUGAGGUGUCCUGUCCUCCAAACAGUCAUUAUGAGGAGUGUGGGACAGCUUGUCCAGCUACCUGCACAGACCCAAGUGCCCCCUCUCACUGCACCUCAUCAUGUAUAGAGUCAUGUAUUUGUAAUCCAGGGUAUGUCCUUAGUGCUGGUGACUGUGUCCCCAUAUUCCAAUGUGGCUGUACAUUUGAAGGCCGUUACUACGCUGAAGGAGCUCAAGUUAUCUUAGAUGAAGACUGUGGCAGAUCCUGCAUGUGCACUCACUCAACAAUGCAGUGUGUCCAGAAUAGCUGUGGAGCUCAGGAGGAGUGCAGACUCGAAGCUGGUGUCCGUGCUUGUUACCCACAGAGCAUUGGAACAUGCUGGAUAGAGGGCUCUCUGCGUUACAGAACAUUUGAUGGAUUCAACUUAGAAUACGCUGCAGGAUGCCAACUCAUUCUAGUCAAACUGCGCAACAUGACCACGCUGCCAAACUUUGCAGUAUCAGUACAGAAGGUGCCAACAGGUGCUGGCGGGUCCAGUUUUACCAGUGUGCUUAACCUUGAAGCCUAUGCUACUCUGGUAACUAUAGCAACAGGAGACAUCAUCACUGCUAAGGUCAAUGGGCAAUAUGUAAGCCUGCCUUAUAACUCAGACAGAAUCCAGGUGUUCUUCACUGGCAUUUCACAAGUUACAAUUCGGACUGAUUUUGGUGCCACAAUACGGGUUGACUGGCCUCAUCUCCUCACUGUGACGGUACCAAGUACUUAUUCAGGAGCACUUGUUGGCAUCUGUGGAAACUUUAACUUUGACGUAACAGAUGAAUUUCAGACACCUGAUGGAAACUUAGUGAGUGAUGCUCAGACCUUUGGUGACAGCUGGAGGGAUGGAAGUUUGUCUGAUUCCUGCGUGGAGAACAGACCUUCUUUACAUAACUGUACGCAGGAGGAAGAUGAAGUUUACUCAUCAGAUCAGUACUGUGGAAUCAUGUCUCUUCCCAGUGGGCCAUUCCAGUCAUGCAACAGUGUGAUAAAUCCUCAUGAAUACAUUACAAACUGUGUCAGUGACAUGUGCCAUUUGCAGGGAAGUCCAACAGCCCUUUGUGAGACGAUUCGAAAUUAUGCAAAGGAGUGCCAGCGGAUGGGUGUUGCCAUAUCAGAGUGGAGGAACUUGACAAGCUGUGAUUUGACCUGUCCACCAAAUAGCCACUAUGAACUGUGGGGCUCCUCCUGCCCAGCCACUUGUCCCAGCCUCUCUUUUCCUUUCCCAUGUCAAACUCCCUGUGAAGAAGGGUGCAUUUGCGACAACGGGUAUAUCUUGAGUGGUCCACGCUGUGUGCUACCCACUGAGUGUGGCUGUUUCUAUCAAGGACAAUAUUACUCACCUGGGGAGAACUUUUGGCAGGGUGCAGGCUGCCAAACCCGCUGUGCUUGUGAUGGAAACACUGGAGUCGUCCAGUGUUUCAGUGCCUCUUGUGGUCCCCAAGAGUCAUGUGAAGUCAUGAAUGGAGUAUAUGGGUGUCAACCGAAUUAUCAACGUGUAUGUGUUGCAUCAGGAGACCCACAUUACUAUACUUUUGAUGGAAAUAUGUACGAUUUUCAAGGGACUUGUAGAUAUGUCUUAGCCCAGUUGUGCAAUGAAUCGCUCAGCCUGGAGAGUUUCAGAGUUGAGGGUAAGAACAGAAGAUGGUAUAACAGCUAUGCAUCCAUCACAUCUGAAGUGUUUGUGUACGUCUAUGGACGAAUGAUACAUUUCUCUGGAGACUAUAACUAUAUGGUACAGGUUGAUGAUAUAAAUACAAACCUCCCAGCAUACCUAGGGAAUGGACAGAUCAUGCUGUACCAAAGUGGUUCCUACUCUACACUGCAAACAGAUUUUGGUCUAACAGUAACAUAUGAUGGCUACAGUGUUGUAACAAUUACACUUCCAUCAAGGUAUAGAGGAGCCACUUGUGGUUUAUGUGGCAACUUUAAUGGACAGCCUUAUGAUGACUUCAUUACCCGCUCCGGGAUUCUGGCACCUGAUGUCCUCCAAUUUGCUUCAGAUUGGCAGAUUCAGACCAAUGAAAGCUGCUGUAAUGACUGUGAUUACAGCCAAAGGUGCCCUGAUGAAAGUCUCUACCGCUCUCCAAACUACUGUGGCAUGAUGGCAGACCCCAGUGGUCCUUUUAGUAUUUGUCAACAAGUUGUUGAUCCACAGCUCUACAUAAACAAUUGUGUCUAUGAUCUCUGUUUGUCUGGACAAAAUUCUGAGAUGUUUUGCCAAGCCAUUCUGAGCUACAGUGGAGCCUGCCAGGUAGCAAAUGCCAGAGUUUUACCAUGGCGCAAUGGGACUGUAUGCCAGAUGCAGUGCCCUGAUAACAGUCACUAUGAGCUGUGUGGAACUGAAUGUGAUCGGACAUGUUCGCCGUCAAUCUUUUCUUACUGUGACCAGACUUGUUCAGAGGGAUGCUUCUGUGAUGAAAACUACCAGCGCAGUGGGAGUCAGUGUGUUCCCAUUGAGCAGUGUGGCUGCCUUUAUGAUGGAAUUUAUUACAUGAUUGAUGAGCUCUGGUGGGCCCCUGACUGCAGCGAGAAGUGCCAGUGCACGGUUAAUGGUAACUUUGAAUGUGUACCAGUCAGCUGUAACACCAACCAGCAGUGCACCGUGCGCAAUGGGCAGAGAGGGUGCUAUGAUCAGAUGUCCACGUGCACCGUAAUGGGAGACCCUCACUACUUCACAUUUGAUGGACAAGUUGUAAACUUUCAGGGAUCCUGUACUUAUGAGAUCUCAAGGACAUCCGACAACUCAUCCAAUUUCACCUUCAGAGUGGUGGCGGAGAACAGGAACCGGGGCAGCACUUUGGUUUCAUUUGUUUCUGCAGUAAACAUAUGGAUGUCUAAUGAAAUGGAGAACGUUUACAUUAGCAUCGGACAAACAACUUUGUGCAAAUAAAUGGAAUUCCCACAUCAAUUCCUGCUGUUAUCAGCUCCUUUGCUACAGCAUUUUUGGAAACCGCUUUGUGGUGGUAAACACUUCC